UAACUCUAUGGUCAAGUAGAGACAGGGAUUGCGCAUUCAACCGUUGGUACGAAAUCUAGCAGACGAUUCGUUCUGUGUGCAAGUUCAGUUAAAUCCCCAUUUAUUCUGCCCUCAGAUAUUUGGAUUUACGUACAAAAUGUCUGGGUUUACAACAACACUCUACAACGUUGUGUGUAGGCGCACUUCAACCUUCGCCUUGGUAAUAAUCGGUGGUACUUUUGUCUUUGAAAGAGGUUAUGACGUCGUUACCAGAAGUAUUUUUGACUCCAUUAAUAGAGGAAAACAAUGGAAGGACAUCAAACACAAAUAUGAAGAAUAAUAAUGAAUCGAAUGGCAGUUUAUGCAUACAAUAGUCUUUAAUAAAUCACAAACAAUUAUAAAUACGUAUUAAUUAAAAAAAUAUCACCAAUA